AUGAUCGUCAUUCCUGGAGGUGCUGACUUGGCGGUGGGCUCCAAUCUCAACGGUAUGGGGAACCAAAAGAUCCGCCAGUUCGUCUCAGGAGGGGGCAAGUAUAUUGGUUUUUGCUCGGGUGGCUACUACGGUUCUGCUCGUUGCGAGUUCGAGGUUGGAAAUCCCGACAUGGAAGUCAGUGGUGCCAGAGAGCUCAAGUUCUUCCCAGGAGUUGCUCGCGGUGCCUGUUUCAAGGGUUUCCAAUACGGCACUGAAGAAGGAACUCGUCCUGUAAAGCUGAAGACGGACCUUGCAUUGCAACAGCCCCUCUACAACUACUACAAUGGGGGUGCCGUUUUCAUUGAUGCUGAUAAGCACCCAAACACCCAAAUCCUGGCAGAAUACGAGGAACCCGUCGAGGUCGAGUGUCCAGGCCCCCAGGCUGCGGUGAUCCUUUGCUCUGUUGGCCAGGGAAAGGUUCUGCUGACCGGCACCCACCCGGAGUACAAUCCUACUCUGCUCGAGGCAGAGCCAGGAACUGAUUUUGAAAAAUCUAUUAAGGUGCUGAAAGAAAACGAUGUCGCAAGAUUGGAGUUCAUGCGCCAUUGUCUCCGCAGCUUGGGUCUCAAAGUCAACAAGGAGUCGACUCGUCCAUCAUUGACACCUCUGGUGCUUGUCUCGAGGCAAAAGGAGCAGCUUGCCAAACUUGUGUACGACAUGGAACACAAGCUGGGCUACGAAUCUGAAAACAUCAUCGAUCUUGGAAAAGACAAAAUCCGCGUCCACAAGACUUUGGAUAAAUUCGAGCAGAGUGAUCUAUCUGACCCAGAAACUGCUAUCAAAGAUGUCUAUAUCUGCGACACAGCGCUCCCAAAGCCAGAAUUAACACCGUACUUCAACACCCACCAGUAUUUGAAUGAUCUCGAGGACGCGUAUAAGGAGCUGGGAUAUUCCACUGUUGGAGAGCUAGGAUCCACCAUUCUCUACGGCGAGGUGCUGACCUCAAGUAGCUCUCUGAUGAUGUACAACACUCCCUUCAUGCGUAUCCUUCCUCACGGGUUCGCUAUCAUCGGUACCAUGCAAGUGGCAGGUCGAGGACGGACAGGCAAUGUCUGGGUGAAUCCAAAGGGAGUUUUCGCCAUGACAUUGUUCUUGAGGAUGCCGCUUUCCACGCCUGUGGUUCUACUCCAGUACCUCGUUAGCAUGUCGAUGGUCCAGGCCGUCCAAACAUACGGUCCCGGCUAUGAGAAAAUUCCAGUUCGCCUGAAGUGGCCUAACGACGUCUACAUUUUACGUCCUGAUUGCUUGAACAAGACGGAUCUCGAUUCCUACACCAAAAUAGGUGGUGUUCUCGUGGAGACGGCUGUUUAUGAAAAUCAGUUCCUCGUCGCCAUCGGAACAGGCCUGAACCUUUUCAACCAGGGACCCACGACCUCUCUGAAUAUUGUGAUCAGCGAGAUGAAUGAGACGCUUGGUACGAAACUCAAACCGAUAGCAACAGAGAAGCUGACGGCCAAGUAUCUCUCGAUUCUCUACACUAUGCUCGAGAGAUUUAAAGUGGACGGAAUGGAACCAUUUAUGGAUCUGUACUACAAACAGUGGUUGCACACAGGCCAGAAAGUCACUCUCGACCAUCCAGGAAGCCCCAAAGCAGUUAUCACUGGAAUCAGUAAAGAGUUUGGACUCCUGACGGCUAAAGAAGUGGACAGAUACGGGAACUUCACCGGGAACACUUACGAACUGCAACCGGACGGAAAUGGUUUCGAUAUGUUCAGAGGCCUAAUUAGCAAAAAACUUUAG